AUGGAGAAAUUUCUUGUGCUUCUGCUUGUGCUGUCUCUUCCCUUCCUGACUAUCGUCUCAGAGGCUUCCCCCAUUCUGAAGGAAAAGGAGGCCAAACAGCUCCUGAGAUCCCGGCGACAGGACCGGCCGAGCAAACCUGGAUUCCCUGAUGAACCAAUGCGGGAGCACAUGCACUACUUGCUUGCCCUGGAGCACCGCGCGGAGGAGCAGUUCCUGGAGCACUGGCUGAAUCCUCACUGCAAACCCCACUGUGACAGGAACAGAGUCCACCCUGUGUAAGGGGCUGGGGACUAGCUGUGCAAACAUUUCUUAGGAAACAACCUGGACAAUGUUCAAACAAGACAAAUUUUCUUCUUUCAUUUGUUGUUAAACUGCGGAAAUGGAUGUCUUCAGACCUCAUGAGCUGUGGGUGUGCCAAAGUUUGCCUUGGGGAUGGCAAAUAUAUAUACCGCUUCAUUUUACUAACCAGCAUAAAUCAUUAAAACUAAUAGCCUAAAGUGUAGACUUCCCCAAAGAUCUUUCUACCAGUGCUUAAGGGUGGGCAGAACAAGAAUCUUACAUGGGCUGAUGGAGCUGGAACUCCAGACCAGCAGUUUGGGGCAGCUGCCUGCCCAAAGGAUUUGGAAAAGGCUUGUUCAGAGUAAUGAAGCACACCACUUGGGGAUGCCAAGGUUUUUGUCAUCUAUUUUUUCCUUCUUCUUUU